CCGGUUCCUCCUUGCCUGGGCCGAGCUUAGGAGCGUCGCCGCCAAUCCGCUCGCCCUAGCAACGGUGUCAGGUUUACCUUAGCAACGCCCCUGCUGCUGCUGCUGCUGCUGCUGGCGCUGAGAGCCGUUGCUGCAGCGACCGGCGAGGCUCGGCGAAGAAGAGCGAGUCCCCACACAGUACACCACCCACUCUAGCCCCAUGGCAGAGCCUCCUGGAGGACCCCCUGAGCCUGGGGAGAACCCCGAGCAGCCCAGCCAGGGCCCCGCUCGGCAGCCCAGCCAGGGCCCCGCUCGGCAGGGCAGCGGCCAGCAGCCGGAACCUGGAGAAGGCCCAGCGCCCCCUGAUGAGCCGAGCUACAUUCCCUAUCAAGAGCAGCAGCCAGCCUUCCAGCCCCAGCGAAGCAUCUACCCGCCCCAGGAGCCAAGGCUGAAUGUCUACGAUCAAGAACCCAGAGGUGCCCUCUACCAGCUUCAACAGGCACGAGGCCAGCUUUUCCAGGAGAGGGGUGGCAUUCAACAGGAGCCAAGAGGAGGCAUCCCUUGGCAGCCUGUGGGGAGAGACAACUUUCCUCAGCCUCAAGACCCAGCCAUGUAUCAGCAGCAACCAGAUGCCAGAAGGAGCUUCAAUGGGACCACGGCAAGGGGCAGCCAGGUUCAGCUGUCUGAAGCCGAGCAUGGCCCUUAUCAAACACAUGAGCCCGGAUAUGGGCUUUAUCAGCUCGGGGCCAACUUAUACGAAGACCAGGUUGCUGAUCCGGGGCCCAGAGCACUGGCAAUAAAGAAUGCUAAGGCCUACCUGCUGAAAACGAGCGUCAAGUCUGGCGUGAGCUUGUAUGAUCAUCUUGCUGAAAUGUUGACCAAGAUCCUGGAUGAGCGGCCUGAAAACCCAGCCGAUAUAAUUGAGAACAUCAGUAAGGAUGUGAAGUGUGCUCGGUUCCAGAAGAAAUUAGAUACCCUUCGAGAUGAAUAUGAGAAACAUCCUACCUUUGAGCUGGCUGAAAUGUAUAAGACUCUCUUCCAGAAGACUAGUGGAGAGGGAACAGAUCAAGAAAUUGAAGAGGAAAUGCCAGAAACGCCUUUGCCCAACGUAAUGGAGACAGCCUAUUAUUUUGAACAGACUGGAAUUGGGUUGAGCUUGGAAGAAUAUUACCAUAUAUUCCUUGCCCUCAAACAACUGGUCACCACACAUCCAAUACAAACCUGUCGCUUCUGGGGCAAAAUUUUUGGUAUUGAAGCAAACUACAUUGUAGCUGAAGUUGAGUUCCGUGAGGGAGAGGAAGAGGAAGAGGCAGAGGAGGAAGAAAUGCCUGAGGAGGGUAUAAAAGAAGGGAGUGAGAUUAGAGAAGAUGAAGAGGAUGAAGAGGAAGAAAAAGAUGAGCCACCAAAGCCCAACUUCAAGCCACCGCCGGUAAUUCCAAAAGAAGAAAACCGGACUGGCACUAAUAAAUACACUUAUUUUGUGUGCAAUGAGCCUGGCAAGCCCUGGGCGAGAUUACCCCAGGUGACCCCUGCACACAUCGUGAAUGCCAGGAAAAUCAAGAAGUUUUUCACAGGGAAACUAGAUGCCCCCAUUGUGAGCUACCCGCCAUUCCCAGGCAAUGAGUCUAAUUACUUACGGGCUCAGAUUGCUCGCAUAUCAGCAGCAACCCAGAUCAGUCCACUGGGGUUUUAUCAGUUUGGAGAGGAGGAAGGGGAUGAAGAAGAAGAGGGUGGAGCUGGAAGAGACAAUUAUGAAGAAAAUCCUGACUUCGAACCCAUAUCUGUGAUGGAGAUGGUGGAGUCUUUUUCCAACUGGGUGCACCAUGUACAGAAUAUUCUAAUGCAGGGACGCUGUACCUGGAUUAAUCCCUAUCAAAAAUCAGAAGAAGAAGAAGAAGAGGAUGAGGAAGAGGAGAAACCAGAGGAUCAAGAAGAGUCACAGCAAGAAGUAGGACCCCCACUUCUCACUCCACUCUCUGAAGAUGCAGACAUCCAGACCACCCCUCCAUGGACGGCGGAGACAUCAACAAACUUGGUUCCUCAAUAUGCCCUCGCAGUUCUUUAUGCCAACUUGUGGCUUGGAGCAUAUUCCUUUGCUAUUGGCAGGAGAUUUGAUAAUAUCUACAUUGGCUGGGGUCACAAAUACAGUCCAGAUAAUUACACUCCUCCAUUGCCACCUCCAGUGCAGAAUGAGUACCUUAGUGGACCUGAAAUCACAGAAACAACUGAUCCAACUGUUGAAGAAGAGCAGGCACUCAAGGCUGCACAAGAGGAGGCUUUGGCAGCUGAAGAAAUGGAAGAGCUGGAGGAGGAUGAGGAUGAAGAUGAGGAUGAUUAAACUCCAAAGUGCUAGAUUUGUUGUAUUUUUUUAAAGACUCUGUACACUUUUCUACUAAUGUAUUAGAAUAAGCACAGUUUCAUAAGAACAUAUAGAUACCAUUGAGUUCAGUACAAAGAAGUGUUUUCUGA